GUCUGCGGCCAGUCGCAGACAACAUGUGGACCGAGACGGCAGCUACUGUUGCGGUCCUUGCACUGGCCUUGGUCGCUACGUGGGUCUCUUCACAAGACGUGCCGGGGUAUCCACCGCCGGACGUGUACAGCCUCCACGUGGUGAGCCAUGUGCGGAACCGGUACGCCAGGACUGUGGUCACCAGCAGGGUGGCCAACACCGCCAACGUGUCCAGAGAAAUCAGCUUCGACGCCGUCCUGCCGGAGACGGCCUUCAUAUCGGGAUUCGUCAUAGAGAUGGACGGCAAGGCGUACGAGGCGUACGUGAAGGGGAAGGAGGAGGCGCGCCAGGAGUACCGGCAGGCCGUGGAGGGCGGGCAGGGCGCCGCGCACGUGCAGCUCAGCACCAGGGACUCAAACGUGGUAUCUGUGUCGGUGAACUUAGAGGCGCAGAAGAAGGUGACCUUCAAUCUGACGUACGAGGAGUUGCUGCAGAGGGAGCUGGGCGCAUACCACCUGCGCAUCAACCUCAAUCCCGGACAGAUCGUGAACGACUUAUCUGUGGAGGUGCACAUCAACGAGACGAGUGACAUCACCCUCCUCGAAGUCCCCAGUCUGCAGCAAAGCAACGAGGUCAUAGACGAAGAGAAGAACUCUACUAACCCUCUGGCGCACAUGGAGAGGCCUUCGGCCACGACAGCCGUGGUGCGGUGGUCUCCCAGCAGGGAGGAGCAGGCGGCGCUGAGGGCGGAGGGCGUACAGGGGCAGCUGCUGGUGCGAUACGAUGUCGACCACGCCGACAGCCCCAACCAGAUACUCGUGAGUGAUGACGGAUACUUCGUGCACUUCUACUCGCCGCCGGACCUCCCGCCGCUGCCCAAGUACGUCGUGUUCGUGCUGGACGUGAGUGGGUCGAUGGGCGGGCGCAAGAUAGAGCAGCUGAGGCAGGCCAUGGGCUCCAUCCUGGACGAGCUGCGCCCGCGGGACAACUUCACGCUCAUCACGUUCUCCUCUGAAUCGCAGGUGUGGUGGCCGGGUGCCGGCGUGAAGGUCCCUUCCUCCUCGUCAGACCAGCACGUGUCCGGCGCACUCAACGUCACCGCCGCUGUGGUCGCCGCCACCCCUGAAAACGUCGUCCUCGCUAAGGACUACGUCACAUCUCUGGAGGCCGGGGGAGGUACGGCGAUGCACGACGCGCUGGAGACGGCGCUGCGCGUGUCACAGGAGGCGGCGGGGGCGGCGCAGCUGGUGCUGCUGACGGACGGACAGCCCAGCGGGCCGCCGGACGACAUCGAGCGCGACUUCAGCGCCGCCAACGCGGUGAGGGGAGCCACGCUGUUUACGCUGGCGUUCGGCGAAGACGCGGACUUCGGGUUCCUGCGGAGGCUGGCGCUGCGCAACGGCGGCUUCGGCAGGCGCAUCUACGAGGCGGCGGACGCGCACCUGCAGCUGCGCAACUUCUACCGGCAGGUCGCGUCGCCGCUCCUCUCCAACGUCAACUUCACGUACGGGGACGGACAGGUGGAGGAGGAGACCCUGACGCGGACAAGGUUCCCUACGCUGUUCCGCGGCAGCGAGCUGGUGGUGUCUGGUAGACUGCAGCCUGCGGCGCCGCUGCUGGAGCCCGUGGUGGUGGGGGAGGGCCGCCAGCGCUACAGGUCGCCUGCCAGGCUGCAGAAGGCCUCCUCUGGGGAGCGCCUCUGGGCCUUCCUCACUGUGCGACAGCUGCUGGACAUGGACGCCGCCACCCCCAACCAGACCCUCAAGGACAGGGCCAAGGAAGUCGCUCUGAAAUACUCCUUCGUAACUCCCGUGACAUCAUUGGUGGUGGUGAAGCCUAACGACACGUCUGCUGUGGACCUGGAACGUGCUGGGGGGAACCGAAGAGGAUACCCAGCGCGUUCGGCUCUCCGACAUGGAUAUUCUUCAACGUAUGCUUUGAGGAGGCGCCCGCAUACUCACCGACCUUCGCACCAACAGUAUAUUCCUCAAAUGUCUUCUUUGAGGAGCGUCUCACAUAAUUCCGGACCUUCGCAUCAUCAGCAGAUUCCUCAAAAACCUCAGAAGAGGCUGAAUAUCUCUGACAUCGCCUGGAUCGACAGCCUCAAAAACGUCUCACACGUCACGCUGGAGGUGAAUGGAACUGCGCAGUCCUAUAAACUGGCUGUCAACCAGACAGAGUUGCAGCUGCGUAAGUGCACAACCCCUGUAGCAGGUCCCGGACAGUGCCGCCACCUGGCCAACUGCGUGCUGUCCAACUUCACUCGGAGCCUCGAUGACUUUCUGCCCUACUUCUGCGUGGUCGAUGACAGCUUUGUUGGAGUGUGCUGUCCAGACGGGGCGCAGGACACCAGCCUCGUUGGGUGAAGGGGUGGUUGCUGCUCACAGCGCAGCGUCCGUCUGUCGCUGGGUCGCCUUGUGGCCUUGUGUACGGAUGCACAGUGAAUCUGGUUACUGCUAGCCCAAGCUAGUAGACACAGGAGUAAACUUUUUUCCAAUCCUGUAAAAUUCCACGAAAUAAAUGUUUGCUGCGACAUA